AUGGACUUCCUGAGGUCUCUAGGACACCCGGAGGAGAUCUACGACCUGGUCAGGUUCCGGCUGGGCGGCUGUCGGCUCGUGCUGUCUAAGCAGGACCGGGAGUCCAUGAGCGACAGCCUGCAGACCUGCUACAGGUACCUGGACCAGACCGGCAGGAGCUUCGCGACUGUCAUCCAUACCCUGGACGGAGAGCUGAGAAAUGCCGUGUGUAUCUUCUAUCUGGUGCUUCGAGCUCUGGACACCGUGGAGGACGACAUGACCCUCAGUCUGGAGACCAAAGUCCCCAUGUUACAUAACUUCCACACGUACCUGUACCAGGAGGACUGGAGGUUUCCAGAGAGCAAGUAUAAGGAUCACGUAGUUCUGCGGGACUUCCCCACGAUUUCCCAGGAGUUCAGAAACCUGCCGGUGGGUUACCAGAAGGUGAUUGCAGACAUCUGUCGUGAGAUGGGGAUGGGCAUGGCAGAGUUCUUGGAGAUGAAGGUGGAAUCUCUCCUGGAUUUAGAUAAGUACGGUCAACUUGCGUCUGGAUUAAUGGUGAUCGGUCUGUCCCGGCUGUUUUCUGCCUCAGGACUGGAAGACGCCAGCAUUGGCGAGGAUAUAAGACUCUCAAACUCUGUUGGGCUCUUCUAUCAAAAAGUAAACAUCAUCCGAGAUUACCUGGAAGACCAGCUGGACGGAAGAGAGUUCUGGCCCAGAGAGGUGUGGAGCAAAUACGGCAAAAAUCUGUCUGACUUUGCCAAGCCGGAGAACAUAGUGCCGGCUGUGCAGUGCUUGAAUGAACUGGUGACCAAUGCUCUGCAGCACGUGCCCGAUGUCCUUCUCUACCUGUCCCGGCUGAGGAACCAGAGGGUGUUUAACUUUAAUGCCAUCCUACAGGUCAUGACUAUGGCCACACUGGCCACCUUUUAUAACAACCCGCAGGUGUUUAAGGGAGUGGUGAAGAUCCGUAAAGGACAAACUGCGACGCUGAUGAUGGACACCACCAACAUGCAGGUGGUCAGAGCCGUCAUAUACCAGUAUGCGAAUAAGAUCUAUCAGAAGAUCCCCCUAAGAGACCCCUCCGCUGGACGCACAAAGAAGAUGGUCUCCACAAUUCAGAAGCUGAGUUUGUUCGGUGGCCCCCUGAUGUCCCGCUACAGCUUCUUCCCCACUUACCUGUCACAUGCGGUCCUUUUCGCCGCCCUCAGCUGGCUGUACCUGAGCACAAUCAAAGCACAAAGUUAGUCAGCACAGCUGUAAAAUGAAGUGACUGCUCGGGUGCGGGUACUGCAAACGUAC